CCUUGUGACAGUAUGGGAAAUAAAACACUGAUGGAUGGAAAUUAACAAUGAAUUUAAUUUUUUGAGUUCAGUCUACUAACCUAGAUUGAAUUUUAGUCAUUUGCGCAUAUGAGUGCUCCAAGGCUGCAACGGUUGAAGAGUCAUAUUUUGGCUGGAAAUAAGAGUGCAGCAAUGGCAGGUCCAGAUAGUCCCCUUACCACCCAUGUCUUGAACACUACGAUGGGCGUCCCUGGGUCGCACAUGGCCCUCAGCCUUUAUAAACAGGACUCAUCCGCUGCUGUCUGGAGUCUGAUCACCAAAGGGACUACCAAUGAUGAUGGACGCUGCCCGGGCCUCGUCACCAGAGAAACGUUCAUGGCCGGUGUGUACAAACUACACUUUGAGACUGCACAGUAUUGGGAGAGUUUAGGAGAGACCUGCUUCUAUCCAUAUGUUGAGAUUGUCUUCACCAUAAAGGACCCCAGUGAUAAAUUCCAUGUUCCUCUUCUCCUCAGUCGUUUCUCCUACAGUACUUACAGAGGGAGCUAGAGUGCUUUUGAAGGUCCCUCCUUCAAAUUAAUGUAACAUCGGAGGCAAAGGCCAAAUACAACAGUCAGCACCAGCACCCUCACUUCAGCACCAGUUGAACCCUUACUUGCAAACUAUCAAUAGGAAAUUACGCUUUGCAUUUGAAAUGAUCAUGUUAUAUUAAAAUUGUACUAUUGAGUACACAAUGGACUCAAAAUAUAUAUUAAAAUUUAUUAAA